AUGUCGUACUUCUUCACCAUCCUCUCCCCAACCGAUGUACCUCUGUUCAGUAUUGCCUUCGGCACCUCCAAGGGUGGCGGCGACGGCAUAGCCCGCUUCCGCUUCCCGGAGGCGGCGCCGUACAUGAACCAAUUCAUCAUCCACUCCAGUCUGGACAUCGUGGAAGAAGCACAAUGGACGAGCGGAGCUCUAUACCUCAAACACAUCGACACUUACCCCCCCGCAUCAGCAUAUAUCUCCGCCUUCCUUACCCCCUCCGGCGCCAGAUUCCUCCUCCUCCAUCAACCGCCCCAGCUCCCCUCUACUGGAGGCACCGGAAGCGGCAGCGGAGCAUCCUCCCUCCUCUCCGGUGCGGGUUCGCGUGCGUCGUCGAGUUCCGUCGCGGCGAAUCCGACGUCGCCUCAGACGGAGGAGGCGGUGAGACAGUUCAUGAAUGAGGUUUAUGAGAAUUAUGUCAAGGCGGUUAUGAGUCCGUUUUAUCGGCAAGAUAUGGAGAUCAGCAGUCCUGUUUUUCGGUCGAGGGUUACGGCUGCGGGAAGGAAGUGGUUGUAG